ACAUCUCUCAUCUCUGGCGUGAACCUUCUUCGUCAUCUUCGGCUAUGUAAACAAGGACUAAACGAACAUGGUAUAAACCAGGAAAUGGGCUAGUAAAGCACCCAACCUCGAAAAAUCGCGUUCGUUGGGUCGUUUGCUGUUCACUUUGGUAGGAAAUCAGGAAAUCGUAACCUGUCUACUCGGUUCGCGCUUGGCUCUCCCUAACAGUACGUCUCAGCUCGAACUCCUUCCGCUUGCGUUCACGUCUCUCUGCGGCUUUACCUUUGCCUGGUGUUAUCUAAUUAGAAAAUGGCAUUUCUCAUAUUUCUGUAGAAAUUUUGAGUGUUACCCGGGGACGUUGGAAUUAACGUCCGAUGAGUACAUGUCUACUUGCUUUAUCUUCGUUCCACCUGCACGACGACGGUCAAAAUGCCUUUGAGUAAUCACGCAGUACUUACGCCGUUAGAAGAUAUGUCGUUAGGACGAGGACAAGGAGGAGGAGGACCGCCUCAGAAUUGUCAAAAAGUCUUCAUACAACGCGAUUACAGUGAAGGUACAAUGGUCAAAUUUCAAACUCAGUUUCCUACAGAACUCGGAGACAGACUGGACAGACAAACGUUCGAACAUACAAUCAACCAGCUGAACAACUACUUUGCAGAAGCUGAACGAGCUAGUUGCUCGACCUACUGCGAAGGGUGCCUGGCAUGUUUAACCGGUUACCUUAUUUAUAUAUGCACUGAAACUCAUUAUGAGAAGUGUUUGCGGAAGGUAGCAAAAUUUGUAUGCGAACAAAACGACCGAGUUUACAGGCCACGGGGAUUGUUAAUAACGGACCCGACUACGCGCGGUCUUAGACUAAUAGAAAUAUCGGUUCUGGAUAGGCCUGCAUCGUGACUGCAUGUCAGCCGAUCCACGGAAUUCUUCAUGUGACACCAAUGUCUAUGCAUUUUUGCCAUUUCGACAUUGCCUAAUCGCGAGCAUAAUCACCACGCAAACGUUUUGUCUCUUCCUCUCCAGUCUUUUCCGACGACCAGCCUUCUCCAGCGAAUUUGGGAAAAGUCCGUGAAGGGCCCGGUUAUACAUCCCUUUACUUAAUUUCAUUUUUCUCGCCUCUCCCCAUCGAUUGCGGAUAAUUUGUACAGUGUUCACUUUGAACCCGCGAUUUGACAUCACAACUUUCCGGGAAGCUAAUCGAGGAGGAAAUGAUUCCAUAGAUUUUCAAAUGAUCGGCGUUUUCUUGUCGAAGCGAAGACUUUGAAACUUAACGCUAACAGUCUCGAAUCUGCGACUUAAAGGUGGCUUCAAACUUUCCAAUGUGAACGUGGAGAUUGUAAGGAAGGUUCUGACAGUCAUGAAAUUUCAAUUUUACUUUUUAAUUAGUUUAUAGACAUUUUUUAAAGUUUUUAUAAAAGAAAAACAUUUUUUUUAUCAAGGAGUUUCAAAGCGAAGCGGAUUACGGCGGUGCAUUAUCUAAAAGUAGCGAUUAACGAGCGAUUAACCCUUUGACAUCCGACGUCUACAAGAAUGAAAACCGUAGUGAAAAUCAGUGAUAGAAAGCUGUACUAAUAAUUAAGGUUGAUUGCCUAUUUAUUUAUCAUUGUAUAAAGAUUAUUUUGUAAUUAUCUGUAAAACUCGCUAGGACCCAAAGGGUCAAGACCUCGGCUGACAUCAGUUUCUUGGCGCCAUCUUUCUUUUAUUAAAAUGUGCAUUUCGCCUCAUUCUGGAGCGUCGUGGUGUUACUUUAGAUAUCAACAAUGAUGUAGAAUUCGGGGCUGAAAACGUUUGUUACAUUGUCACCGCGAUGACCACGCGGAAUGGAAUUCUAUGAUUUCCAGUGCGAGGGAUUUUCGGCACUUACCGUAACCGAGCGCAUCGGCGAUCGCUUUAAUUGGCAAAACUAGGGAAAUCGUGCAAAAGUUGCGUAGGUCAUUGUUCGCAUUUUGAACCCAUGGAUAGGCUGAGGGACGAAUUCUGUCGGCGAGGUGAAUCUAGGGGACCUCGAAGAGGACGUGGCGCGCGUUGCGAUCAGGGAUGCGAGACCUUGUCCUUCGAACUAUAAAUGCCUGCAAGGCCAAUCGUUUCCAAUUAGAUUUUAGAUACAUAAUUCAGAGUCCAGGGCUAUUAUUAAGGCGACGCGAAAGUGGCGCCAGAAAGGUCUCUUUCGUGAAACUUUUCUCCGAAGUGGGUGUACUGACUCGUUUCAAGCUUCCUCGUAGACGUGGAGGCCCUAGGAAGGUUCUGACACCGUGAAAUUUCAACUUAGACAUUUUUUUUCAAACACUUUUGGUAAAAAAUGAAAUUUCGUUGGUAGGGACCUUCCUUAAGGCUUCCACGUUUAUGUGGCCGAAUUUCGAACUAUUCGGUACGUCAAGUUUGCGGAAAAGUUUCAUGGACGAUUUUCACCUCUCGGCCAUGCCAUUUUCGUAUUGAGUUGGCGAAAGUCGAGAAGCUCUUUUCUCGAGUCUGCAACCUGGAUGGUCUGUAUCGGGUCUCGGAACGGGUUGCGGUGAUGCCGAUCUGUCGACCUGGUCUUGCUGGAAUCCAAUACAUAAGACUAGUCUUGCCGAGACGGACCAAUUUUUUCGAUUUGAUAAGAGACUCUAGGUCUGCAUCAGCGUUAAUAUGUGGGGCUGGUCGGAGCCACGAAGAGCUGAUGACGAAGAGACUGAUUUGGACAGGGUGUAGAUGCAGGACAGGCUUGACCCAGACCCGAUAUGGAUUCCGUUUACAUUACUUCCAGGUCAAUUGCAGAUUUUAUACGAUCCGCAGACUUUAGACGGAUUCUAUUAGGCUUUAAUCGACCUGUAGAUUCGACAUUUGUACCUUGACAUCAUCGGCUCGUAGGCACCCGACAGCAUUGGCCUAAUGCGUGUUAUGUAUGAUUUGUUCUCCCGAAGAAAUGUGCUCGCACGUUUGCGACCGGUAGAGUAUUUCAACUCGGUAGAUUAGGGUAAUGCUUGUAUUCGAAUCGGCUCGAAUCAAUUUUAUUGUAACUUGAGUUAUCGGUAUGCGACUUACGAGUAUGAGUGCGAAUCCGAGUUGCGAAUGUGACGGUGAGAUUGGGUUACGCGUGCGAGAACUUAACCGAGUUACCUGAUCGUAUAGAGAUACCGGCCGCGCGUUAAGGUGAUAUGUAUUAAUAUUUGGCGCGAAACUCUGUCGAGUUUCCUAAUAUGUAAGUGGCGUAUGAGGGGCCUGGUUUGUGAAACUUUUUUUAUGAACUGCGUAUACCGAAUCGUUUGACAUUUAUUUUCAUGAUCAUGAAGGCUAUAAAGGUCCUGCACCCAUGAAGUUUCAUUUUUUUUUUGGUUUAAAUUUGUUUACAGAUAUUUUGUAAUUUCUUGUGAAAAGUUAAAUUUCAUGGCUGAUUGACCAUUUAUAGGGCCUCCACAUUCACGCGGUAAAGUUUCAAACAAUUCAGCGCUUCUAGUUCGGAAAAGCUUCAUAAACAAUUGGCCUUUUACAUGCCACUUUCAUAUCACCUUAAGGUCGAUUCACUUAUCCGGCACGAUCGGGCACGUAUCAGUACCGAUCCGACAAAACAUUUCGUUUGUUCGGGUCAGCUGUACUUUCUGCACUUGAGUGUAAUGUACCGCACGCCAGAUACCUGAAGGAAAGUCCAGGAUGAAGUUCUUUAAUUUCCAUUGAACUAGUGUCAAGGGAAAUUUAAAAACAUAUAGGAUAGGUACAUUUACUUUAUAGUUUACGGUACCAGGUCGGGACCGAUAGACGUCGGACCGUGUCGGAUUAUAUGAUUCGUUUUUUAUCCCUUUACUGGAGUCGGUUUAUUCGCCAACUCGCGGUAAACUAGGCUCGUUGCGAUUUAAAACCCGAGUUGACGAUGCUUUCGAAUACGAGUAACUCGAGUCAAUAAAGUCUUCGACUCGUCAGGUCGUUUCUGCGCGUUCGGUUAUUUGGUUUACAGAAUCUAUAGCCGGCUGUAAACGACGGUGACUCGAGUGAAAAUAUCCGUCGUUUGGAAUUAUUACUGGAAGCGGCUGUAAUUGGUAGAAACUAAGCCCUUGUCGCCCAUCCCUGAGCGCAACCAACGUCGUCGACGAAUGCGGUAGCGUGAUAACGAGGACGCCUCGUGCUCUAAGGGGACGAUAACGAUCUUGCCAAAUACCGAAUAACCGAAUCACUGCCUGGACGGAUAGAUACGUUGUAAAUUGUAUUUAAUUGGCGCGUUCCUCUCGGGGACUUCGAGAAGGUCCAAAAUUCGAGGGCCAGCCCUCGGACAAAAGCGUGAGUUCUUCGACGUGCAGCUCGUCGCGGUAUCGCGGGUGGACCUAUAUCUACGCGCACGAAGUAUUAGGUUGGUGCACAAGUAAUGGCGCAUUUUGACACGUGACGUAACGUGCAAGAAAAAACGCCAUUAUGCAUCAACCCAAUAGUAUAAGGAGAUACAAUGCCAUGUCUUGAUAUCGUCCCCACUUUAGGAGUCCAAGAUCUUCAGAUUUUCCCGAUCUAGCGCCGAGAGCGCCUCCUCGAUGAGAUUCCAUAAUUAAAAAUUAUCGUCCGCUAACGGGUACGCUAGUCUUUACCGCGUUAAAAACCUUACAUUCUGUAUAUCAUAAGCGGAUUAUCGUUUCGCUCUGCGUACCUUAAUCGCAGAAUUAAAAGCAUUUCAGGUAGUUUACAUCGGUAGGAAAUGUUUUGGUCAUGGAGAACUCGGAGUUCCCUCAUUUUCCGCGAGUGGCGCUCGCAUCGUUACAUCAGGGAAGAUCUGAGAGAGCCUGGGUCCCGAUUCUGGGACCACUUUGUAUGGUACCGACAAUUGGCGUUGUGUCUCCUUAUGCUACUUCAUGUCCACGCGAAUCGUAAUACAUGGUAAAGUGGAAAAAAAAAGAUAAGGAAAACCUACAUAUUCUAGAUGAACCGCAUUACGAACUAUGUACAUAGGAUUAAUAUCGACUUCUGGGUUACGUUAAACGAUAGUAACAGAUUGUUAUAUUUAAUUUAAUAUUAAGACCAAAUAAUUAAGAGGUAAUUAUUGUAAACUAUACCGUCGUUCCAAUAUACUUUCUAAAUGUUUUAUUAAUAAAA